GAUGAGGAAUCUGGUGUCAACCCUAAUGAGUUCACCUUUGCUGCAGCUUUCUCUUGCUGUGCUGGAAUUUCUAGAGUUGAAUGGGGUGAGCAAAUAUGCCCAUGUUUUCCAUCUGGGUUGGCAGAUUCUUUGUCAGUGGCGAAUUCCAUCAUGUCAAUGUAUUCUAAAUGUGGAAGGCUAAGCUCAGUUUCGUUGGCGUUCCACGGAAUGAGGAGGAGGGAUGUUAUUUCAUGGAGCACCAUCAUUGGUGGUUUUUGUCAAGGAGGUUUUGGAGAAGAAGCUUUUGAAUAUCUCUCGCAGAUGAGAAGGAAAGGGCCAAAACCCAAUGAGUUUGCUCUUGCAAGUGUGUUGAGCGUGUGUGGAAGUAUGGUGAUUCUUGAGCAAGGGAGGCAAGUUCAUGCUCAUGUCCUCUCCAUUGGAUUGGACCAAAUAGCUAUGAUCCAAAGUGCUCUAAUAAACAUGUACUCAAAAUGUGGGAGUAUUAGAGAAGCAGCAAAAAUCUUUGAUGAGGGAGAAAAGGAUGAUAUUGUGUCAUGGACUGCCAUGAUCAACGGAUUUGCUGAACAUGGAUACAGCAAAGAGGCCAUUGAUUUGUUCGACAAGAUUCCAAUGGCUGGUUUGAUACCUGACUCUGUAGCUUUUAUAGGUGUUUUGACAGCUUGUAGUCAUGCUGGACUUGUUGAUCUUGGAUUCAACUACUUCAAUUCAAUACUUAGUAAGUACCAGAUAAAUCCUUCAAAAGAACAUUAUGGCUGCAUGAUUGAUCUCCUUUGCCGCGCUGGACAAUUGAAGGAUGCAGAACAAAUGAUUAACAAUAUGCCAUGCAAAAAGGACGAUGUUGUGUGGUCAACUCUUCUUAGAGCAUGCAGGUUAGAUAGUGAUAUUGACUGUGGAAGACGUACAGCAGAAAAGAUUCUUGAAUUAGAUCCAAAUAGUGCCGGGGCUCACAUUACCCUGUCUAACAUAUAUUCUGCUCGAGGAAAGUGGAAGGAAGCAGCAGAUGUCAGGAAGAUGAUGAAAUUGAGAGGUUUGAUCAAGGAGCCAGGAUGGUCCUGGAUCAAGAUCAAGGAUCAGGUUUCCGCAUUUGUGGCUGGUGAUACUUCUAAUCCACAGGGCGAAGAGAUAUACAGCAUCUUGGAUUUACUAGCAUCGGGGACAGAAAUUACAAGCCAGGAAUUGGCUCUUCUAAACAUUGUUGACCCAGCUUAAAGCAAUGUCCCUUUCGUUGUUGCUCAGAGGUGUGCUAUCUUCUAUCUACUAAUGAAGCUAUGCUUCUGGAAAGGAGCAGCAUCGAAAAUUUGUUUUGGUUUCCAUGAUCAGAAUGUGUGAGUUACAGAUGAACCUGAUUAUGAGAUUGCACUCAGGAAGAGUGGCAGUGCUGUUCCUGGAAGAGUUAAGAGAAGAAAGUCAGAGAAGCCCAUGUUAAUUUAAGAUCAAGAUGAAAUCUCCAAAUUUGUCAGAUUGGUUGGAGAUGUAAAUUAUGGACCAUCAUGGGCAUGAUUUCUCUCGUGCA